ACUCCAGCAUGGUCAUGGCAUCAGACCGUGUGAAAUUAUUGUACGAGGGCCACCAGAUUUUGAACGUAAUAUUUGGCAUCUUAUUUGGUUCGCUAGCAAUCCUGCGGUGGUAUACAGGAAGAGUUGAAUUGGAGGGAACUGCAAUUCUGAUUUGUCUUGCGGAGUCAAGUGUGCUCGUGUUGGUUUGUGUGCUGCCGCAAUUCAUUAUUAGGAGAUAUUUUGUUUCCCGAAACGGGACAGGAGGUAUAGGUCUUGAGGCCUACGUCUGGACUGGCGCCAUGGUGUUGGAUGAUUAUGCCGCCUUACUUAUGAUCAACAUAGAGAAUGUCAUAGUCAUUAUGAUCCCUGCUAUGAUCCUUGUCUUCAUUGGUACACUUGGUCUGGAACAGAUGAAAAGUGGAACUGUUCAGGUCAGCAGCAGACCAAAGGAUCAUGGAGUGAACCCAUUGACAACUGAGAAGCAGGAUAAUAAUGAAGAAGACAUCCUCUCUGUGCAGAAGAAAAAUACUAGUGACAAGUUGGAGCUCUUUGAAUUUGUCAGUUACCUUUUGCAGCUAUCAUCGGUGACAUGGACUCAAUACAAGGGACAGCAAGGCUCUACUCCCGGUCUAUCUGAUAUUCUUCUGUUCUUAUGUUCAGCGCUAGGUGCCCUUGGAGUGAUGCUCUCCUCAUCGCUUGCUAGUGUUAAUUCUCGUGAAAUAACAGUACAGGUUCUGCCGGUGCUGCACAAGACCUGUGCUGUGUUGCUGUUUAUAGCAGCUCACACACUGGCAGCGGAAUGCCUAGGGGGUGACAUGAUCUAUGUUUGCUUACCAGAGCUUAUUCCAGUGAUUCUAUGCUUCACCAUUUGUUUUGGCGAGUCAGUGAGCAUCGCCAGCUUCACGUCAGUCAAAUCACAAGUCCUCAUUGUGAGCUCAGUUUUGGCCAUUCUGGCAUGCCUCUUCUCCUGGAAUACAAAUGGCAGUAACACGCGAGGAACCUGGAUCAUAUGGUCGUUUUGGAUUUCUAUCUGUUCAUCAGCAUUUUCACAGUACCAUGUUUGGUUGCUGCAAGGUUGGCCUGGAAGCUCAUCGGAGUCGACGAAACUAAUCCCGCUGCUCAAAGUUUCCUCAACAAUUUAUAAUAAUGUAGGAGCCAUGUUGGGUGCCUAUAUGAUCGUAACUGAUCCAAGCAUUGUGUACGAGGCAAUAUCUUCCUUCGAACACAAAGCCAUGGCUGCAGUAGGGACUAUCAUUUCUCUGUUCAUAUUACUUGUAUGGUCUGCGCGCGGGCACCCAUUCGGCCACACGGGAAACAGCACCGAAAUCAACCAAGCAAUCCAGAGAAUUCCAGAGGAAGAACCGUAG